AUGGCAGAAAGUUUCCAAAGUACACCUUUCUUUUGGACAGAAUGUGCUCUGCAGAACUCAGGGCCUGUGAUGAGGAGGGUCAUGCCCUUAGCAGGAAGUGUGGGCAACUUCUCCAGGGUCUCCACCCCAGCCUUGAGUUCAGAAUGGCUCCUGACAUCAGACUCCAGCACUUGUUGCCAGCAGCUCAUGGACAGUGCCUACCCCUACCUACCAGCUGGCACAACCAUGGUGACUGCACUGACUGACCAGGACCACAACUUUGGCUCAGCACUCUCCUACCCAGGUGUUCUCCAGUGGGAUCCCAUGGGAAGCACUGACAGGAGGGAAGCUGCAGUCCAGGACUUCACUGUAACUAUCACUGACCAGAAUACCACAUUCUCCUCCUUGUCUAUGACAGCCCCGCGUGAUAAUACUUUAGAUCCCAAUGCCUUCGUCCUUUCCUUUCCAACACUGUCUGCCAGCCUUCUUCAGGCAACACCACCACAGGUGCCAAAUCAUGGAUACAGACUGGCACCUUCCUACCAGGAGGGCAUCCAGGUCAAUUACAAUGACCUCAACAGCCUGGGAUCACUGAUGCCUGGAGAACUCAGGCAGUGCCUGCCAGCCUGUGACACUGUGUCCUACCCUGGGAGUCUUGCCUCUGCCCUGCAACAAGGGAUGGUGAUGAUGCCAAAGAAGAUUCAGCCUACGAAUAUCCAAACAACAUUCUCCACCUCAGCCAUCUCCUAUCCCACACCUGCUCACGACAUGCCAGACUCCAGUCUUCAAGUGGUGAAAAUGGAGACAUCCCUGGGAUGGACAGCUUCAGGCCAGACACUCUGUCUGCUUCAGAGUCCAGACCUCUGCUCUGCCUGCACCCAGGAUGUCCAGAAGAAGAAACCACCUGUCCAUGGGGAAUGGUCACUAACUGCCCCCAUGGACCGUCCUUCAGAAAUCCUGCCCUUGCUUCCUGCUCCAAUCUUGGAACUGACAGAGAAUAACGACUUGGAUUUGAUGACAGAGGACCUAUCAACUCCUCUGGAGGCCUAUGAAUGCAUAAAAGAACACCAAGACCCAUCACUUUUCCCUUCUGCACAUGCCAACAUGCAGCAGGCCCUGAACUUCACUGAUUCAGGGAGUCUAAGGCAGCAGUUUUCUCCUUUCAAUGCCACCUUGGGAAGUGACAGCCCUGGUCAGGAUGAGCCUGGGGUGCUUCAGGGUGUGAUGGGCUCCAGCAUGGACUUUGCAGACAUGACUACACUGGUGGCAGAUAGUCACCUUCCCGGACCCUUCAACUCCCUCACUGAAAUGAACCAAUUCCAAGAUCCUAUAGCUAAGCAAUCCAAAGAAGUCAGGAGGGAUCAGGCCCAGGAGAGCUGCAGCAUCAUCAGUGUAGCCGUGAACCAAAUGAGAAACAAUGGUCAGAAGGCCUCUGAGAUGCUUGAUGGGUCUCAUCAGGCCAGAAUCCAGCUCCAGGCCCUGGUGAAGGGCAAAGAGGCUGGGGUCAGUGCUCAUUCCAGUGAAGGGGCUAUUGACAACAUGCCUAAGCACCUGGAGGACAAAGUAGAGAAUGCCACACCUAGCAAGCCCAUUAGAGCUAGGGCUCAGGGGCAAGACAAGAUGAAGAGGGCCAGAGAAAUCAACUCCAAGAAAACAGAGGAGUUUAAGCAGUCAAGGAACAGAGUCAAGGCAGAAGAAAAGACCACCAAGCCAAAGAACCAGAGGAAGAGGAAUCCACCCGAGCUCAGCCAUGAGAGCUUUAAAAAGCCUCGAACUCACCUCGGCAUGCACAUGCUAGAAUCCGUGCAAGUCUUUCACCCGCUGGGAAGGAAGAAGAGUGACAAGAAAACUGGCAUCUCCUCCUCCUGGGCUCAGCUAAACUACAGCAGCAACAAAGAUCCCAGGACAGGCCCAGUCACCACAUCACUUCUGGAUGUGCCAUGUGAUGGCCAAGGCCCUGGUAAAACCCCGAGCAAUGCUCAGAGACCAGAGAGCAAUGCUCACAGGGAGUGUCCAUCUCCAUCCCAGUAUGAGCUGCCCCCACCUGGGAAGGUCAAGUUAGUACCUCUGCCUUUCCCAGCCCUGGACAUGCCACAAGCAAGACCUGUUUCUAGAAAGCCUCUCUCCCUGGCUUCAUACAGGAGCCCUGCAGUGUACCCUGAGAGGCCUCAUUCCCACUCAGCUCAGUCUACCACACUAAAGCCUUCCAAACCAGCUCCUGCCAGCACUUCUUGCAUGGUCUCUGACAAGCCAGGUCUUCCUGUUGCUACCAGUGCCACACGAACUAACAUAACCAAACCAAUCCAGUCUUGCACUGGGCCUCAGCCAGCUGUCUGUAGGCCAGUAUCCUACAGGGCAUCAUCUCACUCUGAACUCGAGAGGCAGCUUGCCUCUGAUAACAAGAACAAGGCCCCGUUGCCUCCCAAACCUCAAAUCCAAUAUCUACUGCAAGACUUGAGCCAACAACCAAUUCCAUGGAGGAAAGUCAACAUUCCAGGGCCAGUCAUCUCACAGCCCAUCACAGAAGAGCAGAGGCCAGAGAGGGAGGCCAUGAAGAGGCUGGCUCAACAGGAGAGAGAGAAUGCUGCCAAGUACACCUCUCUGGGAAAACCGCAGCUCUUCCUUCAGAGGCAGAAGGAUAUGGAAAUUUCUAGGUAUUUUGGCUAUGUCAUGUAA